UUUACGCCAUUGACGGGGUUUGAGUGGUCUAUUUGGGGCGUUAAUGCCCAUUGUACCCCGGCGCUCCAGCUACAAGCCGGUUUGGUUACAUAAUGCGUCAAUUUGCGACUAAAUUAGACCGCUUCCGUCUCCUUUCGUUAAUUUUUUUUUUGCUUCCAAGAAAUCCUUCCUUUCUAUUUAUAACCAAAACUCUCUCUCUCUCAUUCCCUCCCUCUCUAUCUCCAUUCGAUUUGAUUCGAAGAAACGGGGGAAAAAAAAAAAAAGCGAUAUGAGCAGUAUCGGGACCGGUUACGAUCUCUCAGUGACCACCUUCUCCCCCGAUGGAAGAGUCUUCCAGAUCGAGUACGCAGCCAAAGCCGUCGACAACAGCGGCUAAAGUUCGUCGUUUUAUGGGUCUGCUAGGACUGUUAUCGGGAUCAAAUGUAAGGAUGGGAUUGUUAUGGGCGUGGAGAAGCUGAUUUCGUCGAAGAUGAUGUUAGCGGGGUCGAAUCGGAGGAUCCACUCCGUUCAUCGGCAUUCCGGCAUGGCUGUGGCAGGCUUGGCAGCAGAUGGUAGGCAAAUCGUUACACGAGCUAAGUCUGAAGCAACCAGUUAUGAAAGAGUCUAUGGUGAGCCCAUACCUGUGAAAGAACUUGCAGAACGUGUGGCUGGUUAUGUUCAUCUUUGCACACUUUAUUGGUGGCUGAGGCCUUUUGGCUGUGGAGUUCUUCUUGGAGGUUAUGACAGAGAUGGACCCCAGCUGUACAUGAUUGAGCCCUCAGGAGUCUCAUAUAGGUACUUUGGUGCUGCAAUCGGAAAGGGAAGACAGGCUGCCAAAACAGAGAUAGAGAAGUUGAAGUUGUCUGAAUUAACUUGCAGGGAAGGGGUUAUUGAAGUUGCUAAGAUAAUAUAUGCGGUACAUGAUGAGGCAAAAGACAAAGCUUUUGAGUUGGAAAUGAGCUGGGUCUGUGAUGAGUCUAAUCGCCAACACCAGAAGGUGCCAGAUGAUCUCCUGGAGGAAGCCAAGGCUGCUGCAAAAGCUGCAUUAGAGGAAAUGGAUGCAGAUUAAGUGCAGUUGCCGGAUGCUUCAUGUUAUAUUUGUUUUCUAUUUCUUACACUCCAAUAUAUUCAGUUUCCAUGUUUUGUCUGUUCGCAAUGCAAGUGGCUCUUCACAUGGGGAAUUGCCCAGGAAAAUCAGGUUGAGUGUAAUCUUCUUGAUAUGUUAGAAUGAACAUUAUUCUGUGGUGACUGAAAGUUAUAAACUUAAAUGAUGUUUUCAUCGGUUGCUUUCUGCAUCAAAC